UAAUUUCAGUAUUAACAGUAUCUUUCUGGUUGUAGAGAACUCGUGUGUUACGUAUAAUUUGGUAAUAACUUUAGUAUGAGUUUAUAUAAACAACAGCUACGUCGAUUCGCAAGGGAAAUUGUAAAGCCUUGUAAACACAAAGAGUCAUGUACGUCACAAAAACGAUUAUUGACAAACAAUCCCCUGCCAGGUGACGUGGUUAAGGUCGGCGUGCUUGGCGUUCCAAUGCAUUUCGGUCAAGGCAAGCCUGGUGUACGCAAUGGACCGAAGGCGAUACGCGAUGCUGGUUUGUUGCAACGAUUGUCGGACCAUGUUGGUUUGGAGGUCAACGAUUAUGGUGACCUCGACAUUGCGCAUGGCGCACACGUGGAUGACGUCAGCAAAGAUGGAAAUUGGACAAUAAAGAAUUCGCGCGCGUGCGGUACUGCCAACAAAAAACUUGCUGAUGCCGUAUACAACACCCUACAAACCAAUGAUAUAUGUGUUAACCUUGGAGGUGAUCACAGUAUGGCUGUUGGUUCAAUUUUUGGUCAUUCUCAAGCGAGGCCUAACCUUAGUGUCUUAUGGGUGGAUGCACAUCCCGACUUGAAUAACCCAACCACGUCUCCAUCAGGCAACAUACAUGGAAUGCCGCUUCACUUUUUACUCAAAGAUUUGGAGAAUAAGAGAACUCCAAUUUCUGACUUUGAUUGGUGCAAAUCAUGUGUAAGUUCUCCUAAUAUUGGAUUUAUUGCCAUUCGUGACAUUGACCCCGGGGAAAUUGCCAUCAUGAAGAGAUACAAUAUUCCCCACUGCAGUAUAAGAGAAAUAGACAGAAAUGGAAUUGCUCACUGCAUGGAAAAGAUACUGGAUAUGAUAAAUCCUAGUGGGAAUCGUCCACUUCAUGUUAGUUUCGAUAUCGAUUCUGUAGAUCCUGGUAUAGCGCCAUCUACUGGAACACCAGUGCGUGGUGGAUUGUCAUACAGAGAAGCAAUGUAUGUGACAGAAGAAGUAGCAAGAACCGGUUCACUCAGUGCUUUUGACUUGGUUGAAGUAAAUCCGGAACUCGAUCCAAAAAGAGCGGAGGCGACUGCAGAAGUGGCUGUUGACGUCAUAACACACGCACUAGGUCUAAGCAUCAGAGAUACAGAUUAUAGAAGAUUUCCCCACAGUUAAGAAACGACAGUAUAGCCAUUAACAUGUUGUUUGGUAAAAUGGUCGGCCUUCAUAGCUUAGUCUGGCAUUCGGUUUAUUUUUUGGUUCAGUAUGCGUAUUUGCCCCAGUUUUUGUAGGUUGUUUAAUGAUAUAUAGCAUUUUAACAUACUACCUCCCUUUUAAACCUGACCUAAAAUAUCAUCAUAGUCCUAUACUAUAUGGUGAGGCAUACCAUGGUACCUGAUAUUUAGGCUUGACCCCAUUUCCUAAUCUAUUACCUUAAAUAUGUAAUAUUGUAUAACAAUCCUGACUUUCUUUUUAUUCACUUUUAAACGUUUUACAAAUUGCAAUGUAUUUAAAACUACCAUUUUAAUUGCUGACACAUGCAUAUUGCACAUAAACUGUGAAGGAGUUCGUAGUUUAUUUUCCUUUCUUCAAUUUCCCGUUUGUUGCACGGAAAUAAUAAAUACUACAAAUUGUUUACAAUAAUUUGGCAGAUUUGUGUAAAAACAACUUAAAAAAAACAUUAUUUUUAAAUGACCACAUUUUUUGUUUUGUUGCACGAUAAUAAUAAGUGGUACAUUUUAUUUUGAACCGCAAUAAAGUUGUAAUAAAGUUGA